AUGUUUGUCAUAUCCUGUGCAUUUAUUGGUUUGUUUUUAUUCGUGAUCGGUUCGUCCGGGAAUGGUUUGUGCAUAUUAGUAUUCCUUCGUGACAAAUUCCGCCAUCGAAUCAUUACGCCUUACUUCAUCGUACUUCUUUUUGCUGAUUCAAUCUAUUUGCUAUUUCGUUUAACGAAAUUAUUUUACUACUCUCAAACACUCUUCUAUUUGAAAGCUGAUUCCAAUGAUUCGUGCUCGAACACAUUUCUCGCACGUGCGUAUCAACAUGCAACACAAAAUUGGCCACAAACUCUAGUCCCGCUGCUACACUCGGAGACCUACAUGCGUUUUUCAUUAAUAUUAAUGUGUAUCAUGACCGUACAACGCACAACAUUUAUCACACGUUCAUCGAAACGUUUAGUUCUGCCGAGUGCAUUUAGUGAUAUACACAAGCAUAAAUGGACAUUUCUAUUCAUCGUGUUAGCUUUUCUCAUAGCGUUUAUAUUCGAAUUUGCCGGUUUAACAUUGUUCUGUUCGAAGUCAAAUAAUCGUGAUUUGUCUUUUGAAUGGUUUAUGUACAUGGCGAAACAUAUGGAAAAUUCGACUUAUCUUCUAACGAAUCCCAUGCUUGAUCAGCCAAGCAAAUUCAAAUGCGUGACCUAUGUUCUGAAAAGCCUGCAAGAACACAAUCGAAGCUCAAAAAUUCCUUACAACAACGAGAUCUGUACCGAGGAAGAGUUUAUGAAUAUUUUAUCGUUUUACUUUGACCAACACCAGAAAUCAAUCGUGAAUCUCAUCGGAAAGAUUUUAUAUAAUCUUUCGGGUGUUCGGAUAACACGAAAUGAAAUUCGCCGAAAGUAUCAUUUUCACGAAUGUUUAUUUCCUCAAAAUCCCAAGUUUUUCCAUCAACAUUACGAUUUCAUGUACAGUCGAAACGUUGGAUUUAAUCGUCAUACAUUAAUUCUAGGUAAGAUGAUGCCAUUAGCUUUUGAGACGACAAAUCCUCGAAGUCGAUUCUAG